AAUUCGGCUCUUGAAGAAGCCGUAGAGAAAUUUAUCGAUAGUUUUGUAAAUAUGUAUAUUACUCCAAGGAUACAACGCCCUUUAUGGUUGAACAUGUCGACGUUUCCACGGACGAAGCCGACUCUUGCCACCAGUUUCAUGACAGAGUUGAAUCAUCUCUUGAAUAAUUUCGAUACAGAGCCAAGCUGGGUUCCAACUGUUGCUCCCGUUCUAGGCACUGAUGAUCGAAAUAGGAAGAGUUUGUCAUAUGAUCCUCUAUGGGCUCAAUUGAGUGACCUUUAUGGAAUGAUAGCAGCAUCAGAGCCCAUAAUGUGUCGCACAAUAGUAUACGGUGCACAUGCGAACACUGUCCGACGUAUUCUCUUUGUUCUAAGCUAUUUUAUACGAUGUAAUGAAGUCUUUGAAGAUGCAGAUCUCGAUGGCUGUGACAUGGAUGAUCCAUUAAACUUGUUCGGUACCAAUAAACAAUCAAUUAAUACGACAGAGAUACUAUCGCAAAACUCUGACAAAAGUUCUCCAAUAACGUCUGAAACUUCUGGAUCACCGAGCAACAGUCGCAGAACGAGUGAAACUGGUUUUCCUUUUGGUGUAUCAAUGGACGAGUUUAUCGAUGUUCCAAUGCCCAAAUCCACUAGAAAACGCACAAUUCCCAACCCUGAUUCACCAACGGACUACCAUACGGAUGAGCUUUAUUCGAGAUCGUACGGACGAUCAUUGAUGGCUGGAUAUUGCGAAGCGUACCAGCCAGAUUUUGUGUUAAUGGGACUUCCGAAAUUAGAUUUUCAAGAUCUUUUAGAAUCGGAUUUGAGAGAAUCCGUGCAG